AUGAAAUUAUUACACUCGUUUCCAAGAGUAUUCCAAAGAUUGAUACAUAACAAAUAUGACCCAUUGAAUAUCGCCUUUUUUGGAAGUGGCAAUUUCAGCGUUGCUAGUCUAAAUAAAAUUCUUGAAUUGAAGGAUCGAUGUCCUGAGAAAGUAUCUAGUGUUAAAGUCAUAACGAGAAGUAUAAAACCUAGUGGAAGAUAUAUGAAGACACUUUCUGAACUUCCGGUUAGUGAAUUUGCAAUGAAUCAUGAUAUACCAAUCUUACGGGCUGAUUCAUCAAAUGAAAUUCUUGAAUUAAUAGGGGGUAACAAUUUCAACUUGACUAUAGCUGUUUCUUAUGGAAAGUUGAUCCCCGCUGCAUUUUUAAACAGUUGCACAUAUGGAGGACUAAACGUUCAUCCUUCGCUACUACCAAAGUAUUCAGGCUCAUCUCCUAUACAAUAUGCCUUGCUUAAUGAUGAUAAAACGACUGGAGUUACGGUACAAACUCUACACCCCACGAAAUUCGACCAUGGAAAGAUAAUAGCUCAAUCUUAUGAAAUGGAGAUAAAAGACGGUGACAACUUUGAUAGCCUAUCCGACAAACUAGCUCAAGAAGGAGGUGAUCUUUUACUGGAAGUCAUUAAUAAAGGACUCUUCCUAAACACAAGUUUACCAAAUAACAACGAAAGAUCCAUAGCCCCAAAAAUUGAUAAAUCUAGAAGCCAAGCACUAUGGCACGAUUACUCUGCUAGACAGGUUAAAAGACUAUAUGAUGCUUUAGGGCCAAUUUAUACAUUUCUUAACACACGGACAAAGAAAAAAGGUCGCUUUGUAGAGGAAAAGAAAAGGGUUAUAUUAAGUUCAGUGACUGAGUUAAGUGAUCAGCAAGAUAAAUUGCAAUUACUAUAUCCAGGAGAUUUCGCUGUAAUAAAAGAUGGUUUAUGCAUCAAGUGCAAAAAGGGGUUCGUUCUUGUGCAGAAGAUCAAAUUACAAACAAGAGGCGAUGAAUCUCCUGAAAAAUUCAUUGGUUCGUACCACAAGACAGUGGGUGACAUGCCACAGCAUUUUCUAGACUAA